AUGUCGUCUCCCAAUACGGACGAAUUCAAAGGCAAUGCCUCUUUAUCUGAUUCAGCAGAGUUUGUGGUGUUACGUCCACCUCAACUGAAUCCAUCAGGUCAUAUCUAUCUAUCUAUCUAUCUAUCUAUCUAUCUAUCUAUCUAUCUAUCUAUCUAUCUAUCUGUUAUGGUCCAGUCCUGCUGUGACGAGCAACGAGCGAAAAGGACAGGCAUAGGAUUAUGCUGGCAGCCCUUAUUUCGAAAACUGCACGUGGGCCGCGUAAGCAAGAUGGCCGUUUCGCUGCGCCCUUGGGACUACGAAUCGUCUCGUGUCCUACUUGCGCGACCAGACGGACCUUUUUCAAAGAGUGUCACCGUCUGCCUCGCAUGGGGAAGGCGCUACAAUAUAGACAUUGUUGCACUCAGCGAAACAAGAUCCCUCGAUGAAGGUUCUCUAACUGAGCAGGGCGAGGGAUAUGCAUACUUCUGGAAAGGUCUUCUCGCCAGAGAAAGUCGAGUCCAAGGCGCUGGACUCGCUGUUCGCUCAACGCUUCUAAGGAACCACCUUUCUAUUCUAACUGGACACAGCGAAAGACUAAUGACCCUCAGAAUUCCUCUCUCCAAUAAUGUCUACGCAACCAUUCUCAGUGUGUAUGCUCCGACCCUGGAUGCCUACGAAGAGAUAAAAGACGCCUUCUACGAAUCUCUCGACACAGCCCUGCGAGUGCCUUUGUGCCGAGCAUCAGCUUGUGAAUACCAAAACCAUUUUCAACACUCAAACAAGUACAAGUGUUCUUGGAUGCAUCCGCGCUCAUGGACUUGUCUCCUGUUGGAUUACGUAAUAGUCCGUCAACGCGAUCGAAAAGAUGUCCUUCAAACUCGCGCCAUGCGCGGAGCUGACUGCUGGACUGAUCAUCGUAGGAUUCGCUCUCGUAUGAAUCUUUCGCUUCGGUUUCUGGCCCGAAAAACCAAAGCCACCCCUACAUUCAAUGUUACCUGUCUUGAACAAGCAUCAAAACGAGUCGAACUUUGA